AUGGCUUAUCAAUCACGAAUUUCACUAGCAUUACUUGUUAUUUCCAUGUGCCUAUGUUUCUCACUCUCUCGUGCCGGGGAAAUAGCCAUCUAUUGGGGCCAAAAUGGGAAUGAGGGCACGUUAGCUCAAACUUGUGCAUCCGAAAAUUACAAAUUUGUCAAUUUAGCAUUUCUUGCAACAUUUGGCAAUGGUCAAACCCCGGUAAUCAAUCUCGCCGGCCACUGCGAUCCCACUGCCGGUGGCUGCACCGGCCUCAGUUCCGACAUCAAGUCAUGUCAAGAUAAAGGGGUCAAAGUCCUUCUCUCGAUAGGCGGAGCGGCUGGUAGCUACUACCUGGCAUCCGCUCAGGAUGCUAGGCAAGUAGCCACCUACUUGUGGAACAACUUUCUAGGUGGGAGUUCGUCCACUCGACCACUAGGAGACGCGGUUUUAGAUGGUAUUGACUUUGACAUUGAGGGAGGGACCAAUCAACAUUGGGAUGACUUGGCGCGAUACCUCUCUGCUUAUAGCAAGAAGGGAAAGAAAGUGCACUUGAGUGCUGCCCCUCAGUGCCCUUUCCCAGAUGCUUGGAUCGGGGAGGCCCUUCAGACGGGCCUUUUUGACUAUGUUUGGGUACAAUUUUACAACAAUCCGCCAUGCCAGUAUUCUUCUGGUAUGACGAAUCUUGAGGCGGCAUGGAAGCAGUGGACCUCGAUUAAGGCCUCUCAGAUCUUCCUUGGCUUGCCGGCUUCGUCUUCUGCUGCUGGCAGCGGAUUUAUCCCGGCAAACGAUCUUACUUCACAGGUGCUUCCAGCGAUAAAGGGUUCGACCAAGUAUGGAGGGGUGAUGUUAUGGGAUAAGUACCAUGAUGAUCAGAGUGGAUAUAGUUCUUCCAUUAAGAACAAUGUUUGA